CGCAGUCGCAGCCCACCAUAUAAAAAGUCUCUAACAAAUCACAAGAUUUUCAGUUAAAUUUCUGAAUUUGCAACCAGCGGUCGACUAAAAUAAAUUAAGAAACCAGCUAAGAACCAAGACCCAAGACAAUUGCCAAAAAAACAAAAACGUGAAACAAUAAAAGUGCAAAAAUUAGUAUAAAUACUAUAUCUGAGAAAAAAAUAUUUGAUAUAUAUUAUAAUAACAAAUAUAUAUAUUUUUGAAAAUAUAUACAAACAUGCUCGGAAAAAGUCAGAUCGUUUUGGUCAGCUCUUUGCUGUUACUAGUCACCCUGCCAGUGAUUCGGGCCGAUCUCAUGUGCUAUGUCUGCGAUGACUGUGCCCAGUUGCCAAAAGACGCACCUCUUCUGGCCUGUAACGAGGACUUCUUCAACUCUGGCGGCAGCACAGAAGCCUCGACGGACACAACCACCACCACAACAGAACCGACCACAGUGGCCACCGAGGAAAGUACGACUACUGUAGUGGACACCACAACCACAGCUACUAGCGCCGAGACAAGCACCUCGGAGGCUGUGGAGACCACUUCCAGUGAAAUCACUAGCGAGACCACACAGAGCACUGAGUCAACGGAGGCACCAUCUCCCACUCCUCCCACACCACCCACCGCCGGACCUGUGGAGACCACGCCCGCCGAACCCACUCCCCCCGCCGAGGAUCUGAGCAAUGUGGCCUUGAACAUCACCCGCCUGGCGCCCGUCAACCCAGAAAGCUCUACUCAGUCCCUGAGCGUCGAGUCCACAUCGGCUUCCAAUGCUGAUUCCACAACGUCUCGCCCCGGCGACUCCACUCCUGCUGUGGUUGUGGCCUCCCGGAGGAGGCGUGAUGCCAUGGACGCGGAGUACACCUAUCACUGCUACAGCGUGAACGUUGCAGCCAACGGCUCUGUGAUCACGAAUCGCGGAUGCUCCCGAGUGACCACCUUUGAGGCCGUCUGCGAUCAACUCAAAAUGCAAAACAACGACACGGAGCUGGCCUCCUGCGAUCCUUGCAGCAUGAAUGCCUGCAACAGCAGUUCCAUGCUGCGAAACUCCGUCCUGGCCACCUUCCUUCUGGCCUUUGUGGCCGCUGCCCUCCAGCGCAACUAAUUGGCCUGGCCAUCCUUCAUCACCCGGUGCUACAAUCUAGUAUUCCUCGUUUCUUUAAGACACUCUCACACUCAUCAUGGGACGCAGUCCCCAUCAUCAAGUGAUUUAUAAAUUUUAUAUAAAUUUAAGGAUAUACACGACAAAUCACUCACCCACACACAAAACACAAAAAGCGAAUAUCGAAAUAUAUACAACUGUAUUUGUAUAAAUUAAAUCUAACCAAAUGUGAAGUUUAAGGCGAAAACUUAAUAAAUAAUAAAUAAUAUAUGUAAUUGUUAAAAAAAA